UGGUACCGAGCUUACAUGGAGCAGCAUUCCCGUAUACUGAAGCACGCGUCGCCUAGCUAUAAAUACUUCCUGCUCCCGCAUCCCUUCGGCAAGCAAAGCAAGCACUUGUCUCUCAUCGAUCUCAAGUCUCAACAGCCACACGCACAUCACGCACACAGGAGGGAUAUGGAGCACUGCUACCAGUACAACAGCGUGAUGAGCAGCAACGUGGAGACGACGAAGGAGAAGAGGCCGCCGCUGAGGAGGGGCAGCGUCAAGCUCCAGAUCGUCAAGACCCUCGGCAACCUCGUGGCGCCGAGCAACGGCAACGGCAGCGACGACUCCAAGCAAGCGGGUCGCAGCAGCGGCUUCACAAUCACAAGCUAGGGAACGAAGCUACAACUGAAAUGAAAUAUAUAAACAGUAUCGUCGUCUUUACAUAGAUGUCGAUGAUCGACCUUGUAUCUGAACUUUGCUUUGAGAGGUUUUCUUAGCUUUGGACUCGCUUUGUUUAGAUAGAUGUCGAUCGACCUGGAACUGUAUGAUAAGUUUGUUCCAUGUGUUUUGUUUUGGCUCAACUCUGCUCAUGCAAAGUGUAGUACCAACUAUCAACGCAUCCUUCAUCUGUUCGUCUGAAGGAAGGGAUAGAAAUUCUGUUUAAUACCUUGUUUA